CUCUUCCAGGCACCCAGCAACAGCCGUUUCCCGACCUCAGCCCCCUACUCCUGGUUCUGCAGCCCAAGGUCAGCUCAGGCCAGCAGGAUCCCCAGGACCUGUGCACACAGGGGCUCAGGCCUCACCUGCCACACGGCCUGUCAAUCAGGGCACCAGUCAUUACACUAUCAGCUCUCUGUGGCCAGGCUUCUGGUCUUGUCAUUUCUUACAUCUCUUGACAUAUGCAAGCGGCACCGACUUUUCCACAUUUGCUGAAUGUAUGCAAGGAAGAGGGCAGCUCCCUCGCUCGAGAGCAAGUGGCCAGAGGACCCACAAGACCAGAAGAAAAUUUCUGGCCAUUCAGCAUGGUGUCCCAGGGAUCCUCGCCUUCUCUCCUGGAGGCCCUGAGCAGUGACUUCCUGGCCUGUAAAAUCUGCCUGGAGCAGCUGCGGGUGCCCAAAACCUUGCCCUGCCUGCAUACCUACUGCCAGGACUGCCUAGCCCAGCUGGCUGACAGCGGCCACCUUCGAUGCCCCGAGUGCCGCGAGAAGGUACCCGUGCCGCCAGCAGGCGUGGCUGCCUUCAAGACCAACUUCUUUGUCAACGGGCUCCUGGAUUUAGUGACGGCUCGGGCCGGUGGAGACCUGCGUGCAGGGAAGCCGGCCUGUGCCCUGUGCCCCCUGAUGGGGGGUGCCAGUGCCGGGGGUCCAGCCACAGCCCGGUGCCUAGACUGUGCUGAUGACUUGUGCCAGGCCUGUGCCGACGGGCACCGCUGCACCCGGCAGACGCACACCCACCGAGUGGUGGACCUGGUGGGCUACAGGGCAGGGCUGUAUGACGAGGAGGCCCGGGAGCGCCAGGCAGCCCAGUGUCCCCAGCACCCGGGGGAGGCCCUGCGAUUCCUGUGCCAGCCCUGUUCCCAGCUACUGUGCCGUGAGUGUCGCCUGGACCCCCACUUGGACCACCCCUGCCUGCCCCUGGCUGAAGCUGUGCGUGCCCGGAGACCGGGCCUUGAGGAGCUACUGGCAGGUGUGGACAAGAACAUGGCUGAGCUAGAGGCCGCCCGGAUGGCGGAAAAGGAAGCCUUAGCCUGUCUGCGGGAGCAGGUGGCCAGGGUGGGGUCACAAGUGGAAGAGGCGGCUGAGAGGGUUCUCCGAGCCCUCCUGGCCCAGAAGAAGGAGGUGCAGGGGCAGCUACGGGCCCACAUGGAAGCUGCAGAGGAGGCUGCUCGAGAGAGGCUGGGGGAGCUGGAGAGCCGGGAGCAGGUGGCCAGGGCGGCAGCUGCCUUUGCCCGUCGGGUGCUCAGCCUGGGCCGUGAGGCCGAGAUUCUGUCUCUGGAGGGGGCAAUUGCCCAGAGGCUCCAGCAGCUGCAGGGGUUUCCCUGGAUGCCUGGACCAUCCCCCUGUCUGCUGCCCCAGCUGGAGCUUCAUCCUGGGCUCCAGGAUAAGAACUGCCACCUGCUAUGGCUCUCCUUUGAGAAGCAGCAGCCCCAAAAGGACAGUGGAAAAGAUGGAGCUAGAAGCCAGGAAGGCGAGGAAACCCGGAACCACAGAGAGGAUGGAGCCCAGGCCCCAAAGGAGGACAGAACCCCAGUGCCACAGAAAGAUGGAAGCCAGACCCCAAAUGUGGAGAGAGCCCAGACCCCGAAAGAGGGCAGAUCCCAGAUGCCCCAAGAAGAUGGGGGAGCCCAGACUGGUGGCAGAUCCAACAAGAAGAGGAAGUUCAAAGGCAGGCUCAAGUCAAUUUCCCGGGAGCCCAGCCCAGCACCUGGACCAAACCUGGAGGACUCGGGCCUCCUCCCCAAGCCCAUCUUUUCCUGCAGCUUUCCCACGCGGAUGCCUGGUGACAAGCGGUCUCCUCGGAUCACUGGGCUCUGUCCCUUUGGCCCCCGGGAGAUCCUGGUGGCAGAUGAGCAGAACAGGGCUCUGAAGCGCUUCUCCCUUAAUGGUGACUACAAAGGUGCCGUGCCUGUCCCCGAGGGCUGCUCCCCGUGCAGCGUGGCGGCCUUGCAGGGUGCGGUGGCCUUCUCUGCCGGGGCUCGGCUCUACCUCAUCAGCCCUGACGGGGAGGUGCAGUGGCGCCGAGCUCUGAGCCUCUCCCAGGCCAGCCACGCUGUGGCUGCAAUGCCGAGCGGGGACCGGGUGGCUGUCAGCGUGUCAGGUCAUGUGGAGGUGUAUAACAUGGAAGGCAGCCUGGCCACCCGCUUUAUCCCCGGGGGCAAAGCCAACCGGGGCCUUCGGGCACUGGUGUUCCUGACCACCAGCCCCCAGGGCAAUUUUGUGGGGUCGGAUUGGCAGCAGAAUAGCGUGGUGGUCUGUGAUGGGCUGGGCCAGGUCAUUGGGGAGUAUGGAGGACCAGGCUUGCACGGCUGCCAGCCGGGCUCUGUGUCUGUGGAUAAGAAGGGCUACAUUUUUUUGACCUUGCGAGAGGUCAACAAGGUGGUGAUCCUGGACCCAAAGGGGUCACUACUAGGUGACUUCCUGACAGCCUAUCACGGCCUGGAAAAGCCCCGGGUGACCACCAUGGUGGACGGCAGGUACCUGGUCGUAUCCCUCAGUAACGGGACCAUCCACAUCUUCCGGGUCCGUUCUCCUGACAGUUAAAG